AUGUCUGGUCAUCAUCAAGCUUCUCAUGAGCGUUCUCAUGACUUCUCUGAUCACUUUUUACCAGCUGAUGAAGCAGGGAUGCUGCUGUCUAUGACUGCAUCUUCAUCUCUCUCAGUCCUGCCAUCACACUCAAUCUUCAGGCCAGCAGCUCAUCUCAUCCCUUCCUCAGGCCAGUCCCUGACUUCAAGCAGUGCAGUCCCUCUCUUUGCUGUGACCAGUCUUCAAGACUCUGCUGCAACUGUAUAUACCCUGGUGUUCAGCUCUUCUAGAGUCUAUACAUUUCUGACAGCCUUCAUAUCAAAUGUUCUUAGCAAAGACUGCACUAUUCUGACUUAUCAGAAUUUACAGUAUGAAAGUCAUGUCUCAGCUUCUGCAGAUGUCUUAUCUGCUCAGAUGAUUCUCAAGUGA